AUGGAUAAAUUUGUUGUACAGAAAUUGUCCCAAGUUCCUCAUCCAAAGACAAAGUCACACCUUUCUGUGAAUAUAGAUGCAAAACAACGAGCAAGUAAAUAUCCGUCAGGAACUUUUCACGUGGAUGAUGGUCUGUUGUUCUAUUCAAAGUGCAAUGUCGUAGUUGAUCAUGUAAGGAAAUCCACCGUCGAUGACCACCUAAAAUCAAAGAGUCAUGCCAAAGCAAUCUCUUUUGGAAAGCAGCAGUCUGUCAAAACAGCACUGAAAUUCUCUAACAAUGCAAAGGCAGAGAAAAUCAAGGUUUGUCAAGAAUGGAUAUAUGCAUGCACUGCGGCGAAUAUUCCGCUAUUAAAAUCUGAUAACGCAUAUCUAAGAGAGUUCUUGACCACAAGGGUAAAAAAUGGUGGUGCUAUUCCUGGAUCCUCUCAACUGCGAGAUGAGUAUCUUCUUGAUGAAUAUGUUGUAGAGAAAGAGGAAUUGAAGCAAAAAUUUAACGCUAAAAAAGUCGCUAUAUUGACUGAUGAGCUGAGCGAUGAUGAGGGACGCUAUGUAAUGGAUGUCUUGGCUGUUAUUCUUGAUUUUGAUGAACUAUCUCCUCAUGGCAAUACUUGCGCUUAUUUACUAGAUACACAUUUUUUGACCAGCACCAACAAUGUGACAGUGUCCCAGACAGUGCUCAAAGUCGUAAAUGAGUUGAUUGAUUGA